UAUAGGAUAUAGGUGACCUGUGAGUAGAGGUUAAAGUAUAGGUGGAGGAGGUUGUUGUAUUUUUUGAACACAGCUGUCAUGUGUGUAUUGCUUAGAUUUUAGAUUGACCAGGUCAGUAAUAAAUCAAAAUUAUCUGUUUCAUAAAAUAUAAAAAUGGAUAAAAAUAAUUUAUUAGAAGUAGACAUUUCUCAGUUAGAAAUUGGAGAAGACAAAAUAAAGGUCUGUGAAAAUGAUAGUGCUACAUCUGAAGUAGAAUGUGUAGCAGAAGCUACAAGACGAUCAACUCGGAGGAAACAGCCCCCUGCGAAUGAUAAGAGAAGAGUACAAUCCAAACCAAAAAAAUUGCCAGAUGAUCUGAAUUCUAAAAUACUUAUCAAUUAUUAUUUGAAUAAAAGAGUUAAAAGGCACCAAACACAUUUAGAAACAAUUUUUGAAGAUCCAAUCUCUACAGAUAUAAUUAUGAGCAGACGUAAAUUUUCCAGAAGUAUGCAAUUUCCAAUAGAAAUUUCUUUAGUGAAAAAUAAAAAUAAAGUUAGGAAACGUAGUAUGAAAGCUAAAGAGAGAGGAAGUAUGAAGCCCAAAAAACUUUCAAUGGAAUUACUACUUGAAAAAUUAGCUAAUAUUGAUACAGAAGACAAUUGUUAAUAUAUGUACAGUUUAAAAGAUAUUAUAACUUCAAUAUUUAAAAUUGAAUAUAAACAAAUUGUACAAGUGUAAAUUGUAGCUCUUUUCAUUAUGAUUAAUGGAAAUAUGCUUAUGACAACAUAGUUAUUCCAAAUGAAAAGUUGACUAUAAGAUGUAAAUAACUAGGCAGUAUUAAUGUUUUACAAUUUUUAAAUAGUUAUUGAUAAUUUUAAAGUUAUUUAGGCUAAUACCACAUGUCUAUCAUUUGCUUCUUGUUUAUUGUGGCAAUAUAUUGGUAUCACCACUUUCUAUGGUGUUAAAUGUCUUAGAUAUCCAAAAUAUGUGAACCCAUACUCAUCAAUAAGGUCAAAAAUUUUUACUGAUUCUAAACUUACAUUAGGUAAAUAAAAUUUGUUUGAAUAUAAA